GUUGAAUAUGUCAACAGGAUCAAAUUUCAAAAAAUCAUUAUUUAGAAAGUUAUUAGCAAGAGUCAAAUCGAUUGAUAUGUAUGGUAAAAAUAUUUCUCUUACGUAUGAUGGAGAUGACAAAUACAGAACCUACAUUGGAGGAGUAUCUUCAAUAUUUGUUGGAAGCAUUAUUAUCACCUAUGUUGUUUAUUUAUUUUACAUAAUGCUUUAUAAGCAUGACACCAAUAUUUCGACAACAUCAUCCAUUGAUGAUAUUUUUAACGAGGUGAACAUCCACAAACCAGGGGAAAGCAAAUUUGACUUCGCAAUUUCCUUCAUUGCAAACGGUGUUGAUUAUAUGCAAGAUCCUACUGCUUUCACCAUCGAUUUUAAUCAAGUUAUACAAGAAUGGAAUAGCACUAGCGAAGAUGCUAGUUUCACCAGGACUAAAACGCCGAUUACGUUAGAGAAAUGCGGAACAACUAAUUUCAAAUUCAAUAACCAGGCGGAAGUCAAGCGAAUCGGAGUAGAUGAGUACUACUGACCUACUAUUUCUGAUUAUUCAGUUGCUGGAUCAUUCUACGCUGAAUCAUUUCAUUACUUGGAAUUAAAAAUCCAAAAAUGUACUGGAAGUGCUUCUUGUAAAUCAGAUACAGAUAUUAACAACAUCAUGAAGGAAUCUAGAUUCAAUUUGGCUCUGGUUAACUCUAUUGUCAAUUUUGAUGACUACAAGAAACCCAUUCAACAAGUAAUUGAUGAUGGAAAUUUUUGGGAAUUGACACCAGGUAUUAGGAAGAAGAGCGACCUAUUUAUCCGAUAUAACCUCGGAACCUUCGAGGAUGAUUACUUCCAGCUUGGAUUUGAAACCACACAUGAUUUUUAUCAAGUAAUAGACACUACAGAAAGAUUUGAAACUGAAUCUUCCUCUGGGGAUGUCCUCUCCUUAUAUUUCCGUUUGGAUAAGUCAACUAAUGAAUAUGAACGUAAAAUCUUCUCUUUUGGUGAGCUUCUCGGACUGGCUGGUGGAUUUUAUGGAGCCUUACUCACUAUAGGUUCAAUAUUUAUCUCUGUGUUCUCAGAUAGGCUUUAUAUAGGAGCAGUCCUCGGAAGGAUUUAUAAAAUUGACACUUCCAAUGCCAAGGCUCCUUUCGGAAAUAUGUCGAAUCUGCACCAAUCUGAGAGUCAAGAUGUGGCGACCAGAAACCUUCCUUCAAGCAUAAUAGAUUCACAAUCUUACUCAUCCAGUCGGAAUAAUAUCAGGGAGACUAGUAAGGAUCAAGAUAUUCCAGAGCAAGAUCAAGAAAAUCUCAAGAAGAAGAAACUACUUGAAAAGUGAGAAAAUAAUAUGAAAGCUCGAAGACCUUUUUCUUAUGGCUACUGCCACAUCAUUCAAAAUUUUCUCUGAUGAAUUGCUUGAAGGAGCAAAAGGAAAAUCUUCAAAACCCCCAAUCUCCAAAGACACGCCUACUUCACCAUCGGAAAACACAAACUCACCCAAGAACUCGACUGCAUCACCCUAAUCAAAACUAUAAAACAGCUAAAAAUCCUGACCCAAGUGCUCUUAACCAAGGAACAAAAAUUCCUGAUUAAAUACCAAAGACAAAACAUCAUCAACAGUGCUUCCUCUGACAGCUCUGAUGAAGUCCAGAAGGGCCAACCCAGGAGGAAUCAUGUACAGAUGGUUGGGAUGGAGAGGGUGAGGAAGCAGUCGGUUGAGGGUUUUAAGAUUAGUAAGGUUAUUGAGGAGUUGAAGAGGAAGAGGCUUGAUGAUGUGGAUAUAAGAAUAAUCAAAGGGAUUUUUAAAGAUAAGAAAGUGAUGAAAGAAGAAUCAGGAGUUGAUGCAAUCAAUUUAUCAGAAAUGAACACUCUGGAGCCUCGUGUAACCAAAAAUCAAGAAGAAAUAAAGAAGGACUUAUCGUUUGAUAGAAAUUCAAAGAAAAAUCUCGCCAUCAAUCAGAUAAGCCAGAUCUAUUAUCCAAUGUCCCCAAUAUCCAACAACAAACAUUCCAACCACGAUAACAGUCUAACCUUCAUGAAAAUCACCUAAAAU